CUCAUCUCAUCCCGCCGCCACCACCAUGACAUUCCCCUACGCCAAAGUCCUCGUCCUGGGUGCCACCAGUGGAAUCGGCCGCGCCCUUGCCGACAGCUUUAUUGCUCACGGCUCCAAGGUCGUUGCCGUUGGACGCCGCCAAAGCCUCCUCGACGAUUUCGUCUCACAGCAUGGCCAAGACAAGGCUUUCGCCCACAGCUUUGACGUCUCACGCGUCGCCGACAUUCCAAGCUUUGCCAAGAGUAUCACAGCCGACCAUCCCGACAUUGACUGUGUUCUCCUCAACGCCGGAAUCCAGCGCGUUCUAGACUUUUCCAAGCCCGAGACCGUCGACAUUGACCUCGUCCAGGAAGAAAUCAGUGUCAACUACGUCAGUAUUGUCGCCUUGACCAAAGCCUUUCUGCCUUUUCUUCUUGCCAAGGAUGGACCGAGCACCCUCAUGUACACCUCUUCGGGGCUCGCCUUUGUCCCUCUCGCGCGCGUCCCGAACUACUGCGCCAGCAAGGCAGCCAUGCAUCAUUUCAUUCUCUGCCUUCGCCAGCAAUUGAGCGAGAGUCCGAUCAAGAUUGUCGAGCUCUUUCCUCCGUUGGUGCAAUCCGAAUUGCACGAUGACCAACCUGGCGUGGAAAACCCCCGAUCCUGGGGCAUGCCGGUUGAUCUGUACGUGAAAAAGACCAUCGAAGGGCUUGCUGAAGGGAAGGAAGAUGUACCCGUAGGCACUUCAGUCAGCAGCUAUGACGCUGUAGAGGGAGCGAGAGCUGUAGCUCAGCAGGCGUUAGUAGACGCGGUGAAGGCUCAGACUCGUCAGUCUUAAAUCUCAGGGUUAGACGGGAACAUGCUAGAAAUGGCAAGUCAAACGCCAACAAUGUGUUGGUUCCAUUAGAUCAUUGUAAGUGACCAACCAGAUAUUGCACUGCAUCCACAACAACGUGCCAUCACCAU